UCACAACGCGUUUGGUCAAAUUUAGGAUCAGUCGUUCGUUCGUUCGUUGGAAUAAAAUAAACUCGGGAAUUAAAUCUUGGAAAAACGUGCGAAUCCGUCAUCCUUUCAUCUAAAAAACCAUGAGCGCCUUUCCCGGUACGUUCGCGUUCGACGAAUAUGGUCGGCCUUUCAUCAUCCUGCGCGACCAGGAGCGCCAGAAGCGCAUCACAGGAACAGAUGCCAUAAAGACGCACAUUAUGGCCGCCCGCCAGAUCGCGUCCACCCUGAAGACCUCUCUGGGUCCCAAGGGUCUGGACAAGAUCAUGGUCAGUCCCGACGGCGACGUGACUGUGACCAACGAUGGCGCCACCAUCAUGAAGCUGAUGGAGGUUGACCACGAGAUUGCCAAGCUGAUGGUGCAGCUGUCGCAGUCACAGGACGACGAGAUCGGCGAUGGAACCACCGGCGUUGUCGUGCUGGCCGGAGCACUCUUGGAGCAGGCCGAGGGACUGAUCGACAGGGGCAUUCAUCCCAUUCGCAUCGCCGAUGGCUUUGAAUUGGCCGCCCAGUGCGCCAUCAAGCAGCUGGACGCGAUCGCCCAACCCUUCCCCGUGGACCCGAAGAACAAGGAGCCACUUAUCCAGAUCGCCAUGACCACGCUGGGCAGCAAGAUCGUGAACAAGUGCCAUCGUCAGAUGGCCGAAAUGGCUGUGGAUGCUGUGCUGAAUGUGGCCGACAUUGAGAAGAAGGACGUGAACUUCGAGCUCAUCAAGAUCGAGACCAAGGUGGGCGGUCGCAUGGAGGACUCGAUGCUGGUGAAGGGUGUCAUCGUUGACAAGACCCUCAGCCAUUCGCAGAUGCCCAAGGAGCUAAGGAACGUCAAGCUGGCCAUUCUCACCUGCCCGUUUGAGCCCCCGAAGCCAAAGACCAAGCAUAAGCUCGAUGUUACCUCCGCGGAAGACUACAGGGCGCUGCGCGAGUACGAGCAGGAGAAGUUCACCCAGAUGGUCAAGCAGGUGAAGGACGCCGGCGCCACCCUUGCCAUCUGCCAGUGGGGCUUCGAUGAUGAGGCCAACCACCUGUUGCUUCAGCAGGAGCUGCCCGCCGUGCGCUGGGUUGGCGGUCCGGAGAUCGAGCUGAUUGCCAUCGCCACCGGUGGACGCAUCGUGCCGCGUUUCGAAGAGCUCACGCCUGAGAAACUAGGUGUUGCGGGACUCGUUCGCGAAAUGGCAUUCGGAACAUCCAAGGACAAGAUGCUGGUCAUCGAGGAGUGCAAAAACUCCAAGGCUGUGACCAUCUUCUUGCGUGGAGGUAACGCCAUGAUCAUUGCGGAGGCUAAGCGAUCGAUUCACGAUGCCAUCUGCGUGGUGCGUUCGCUUGUGAAGGACUCGCGUAUUGUUUACGGUGGUGGAGCUGCCGAGAUUAGCUGCUCGUUGGCUGUGGCCAAGGAGGCCGACCAACUGUCCACGCUGGAGCAGUACGCCUUCCGCGCCUUCUCCGUGGCCCUGGAGAGCAUUCCGCUGGCUCUGGCGGAGAACAGCGGCCUGCAUCCCAUCGAGACGUUGUCGGAGCUGAAGGCCAGACAGGUGGCCGAGAAGAAGUCCAGCCUGGGUGUCGACUGCAUGCUGUCGGGUGAUUCGGACAUGAAGAGCCAUAACGUGGUGGAGUCGCUGCACUCGAAGAAGCAGCAGAUUCUGCUCUCCACGCAGCUCGUCAAGAUGAUACUCAAGAUCGACGACGUGCGCUCCAAGAACGAAGGCGGCAUGUAACGACCGCCCAGCAGCAGCAUCAUACAUCAGAUCUAGUUUCAGAUUCACAUCCCCACGCUUCGCUAUCUCUUCACGAACAACACCCGCGUCAAGCCUCAUCUCUAUGUACAUCUGUAUUAAUUGUUUAAUUUUAUUAAUCCACAAGUUCUUUGGAAAAGAAGAAAAUUACAUUAAACAAGGGGCUAUCCCUGUUCAAAUAC